ACGAAGCAGGUUGACUUUUCGAAUCGGCGGCAACCCGGAACGGGCGAGUGGCUUCUUUUGGAUCCUGCAUUUCAAAGUUGGCUGGGGUGAGAGCAGCAAACUCUAUGGUGCCCUGGGCUCCCGGGCGCUGGCAAGACAACCCUGGCGUAUGGGGGUCUUAUUCCGAAAGCACCAGGAGCGCUUAAUGAUCAAGAUGUUUCAAGUUGCUAACCAAGGUCUACAGAGCAAUGGUUAUUGAUUGGCUCAAGAGCCAGCAUCGAGGCAUCGCCAUCUACCUGUGCUGCAGCUACAAGGAAGAGCACUUCCAAACGCCGCUUCAUAUGGUAGGAAGCCUGUUAAAGCAGAUCAUCCAGCAUAAGGCCGCGCUUCCCGAUGAGGUGCGCAGCCUAUACGAACAACACCUGCGGAAGAAGACGCUUCCCAAGCUGGACGAGCUUGCUAAGCUUCUCGUGCAAGAGGUCAAGACCUGCUCCACGGUCUUCGUCGUAAUUAACGCUCUAGACGAGUGUCUUGAACGCGGCAACACAGGGGGCAUAAUGCUCGACGAUAUUCUAAGGUUGCCAUGCAAUGCGCGCAUUCUUAUCACCUCUGAGUAUUCUCCGACGAUCGAGGACAGGUUCGAGAGCAUCCCGCACAUCAUUGUUGAUAUCCGCGCAACAGAAGAAGACGUCAAACGAUAUGUCCGAGCCUGCGCCGAAAAGGAGAGAGCGCUUGCGAAGCAUCUCCGCUCAAGCCUGGGCCUGAUGGAGCAUAUUGUGAACACCAUAGCUGAGGAGAGCAAAGGAAUGUUCUUGCUCGCUCGGCUGCACAUGGGCAGUCUGUCAAAGGAGCUCACUCGCCGAGAAGUCCGCGCAGCGGAUCCAAAGCCAGGAUGAAGGCCAGGCCGCCCUCGCUCACAAGGUGCUCUAUUGGAUCUCGUGUUAGCUCCGGCCACUCACCGUGGUUGAACUGCAGCAUGCGCUGGCGGUUGAGCCUGGCGACUGCGACCUUGACGAAAACGGUCUCCACGAACCAGAGCUGCUGGUCUCCAUAUGCGCCGGCCUGGUGACCGUGGACGAAGAAAGCCACCAGAUUCGCCUUGUGCACUACACGACGCAAGAUUAUUUUACGCGCAUUGGAAUAGCCGAGUUGAGCGUAG